GUACAUGUAAGAAAUAAUGGUAUUGGCAAUAAUGCUGCAUAAAAGGGACUUAUGUACUUGUUAAUGUUGUUUCAGCUGGUUGGCGCUUUCCAGCUUACUCUUCACUUCUAAUAUAUGCUGGCAGGUGGCAGUCAUUGCACCAAACAUUCCAGCUCUCUAUGAAGCUCAUUUUGGAGUUCCGAUGGCUGGAGCUGUUAUAAACCCUGUCAACAUUCGGCUCAAUGCAUCAACUGUUGCUUUUCUCUUAGAACAUUCAUCAUCUUCUGUUGUAAUGGUGGAUCAAGAGUUUUUUCCCUUGGCAGAGGAAGCUUUGAAAAUUUGGCAAGAGAAAAAGAAAAGCAGUUUUAAGCCUCCACUGCUGAUUGUCAUAGCUGAUGAAAGCUGUGAUCCAAAGGCACUCAAAUAUGCUUUAGGAAGAGGGGCAAUUGAAUAUGAAAAGUUCCUGGAAACUGGUGACCCUGAGUUUGCUUGGAAACCACCACAGGAUGAAUGGCAUAGUAUUUCUUUGGGAUACACUUCUGGUACCACAGCCAGCCCAAAAGGGGUAGUGUUGCACCAUCGCGGAGCAUAUCUCAUGUCUUUGAGUGGUGCUCUAGUAUGGGGGAUGAAUGAAGGAGCCAUAUACCUAUGGACUUUACCCAUGUUUCAUUGUAAUGGUUGGUGUUACACUUGGACACUUGCAGCUGUUUGUGGGACUAACAUAUGCCUUCGACAGGUCACAGCGAAGGCGGUUUAUUCAGCCAUUGCCAAACAUGGGGUGACCCAUUUCUGUGCUGCACCUGUUGUGCUCAAUACAAUAGUAAAUGCUUCACCAGAUGAAACAAUCGUUCCCCUGCCUCGUGUUGUCCAUGUAAUGACAGCUGGUGCUGCCCCGCCCCCUCCUGUUCUGUUUGCAAUGUCCCAAUGUGGCUUCCGUGUCACCCACACUUAUGGCCUUUCAGAAACCUAUGGACCCUCCACUGUCUGUGCAUGGAAGCCUGAAUGGGACUCGCUUCCCCAGGAAACUCAAGCCCGGCUUAAUGCCCGCCAAGGCAUCCGAUAUAUCGGCUUGGAGGGCCUCAAUAUUGUCAACACCCAAAAUAUGAUCCCGGUACCAGCUGAUGGAACUACUGUCGGGGAGAUUGUGAUGCGAGGUAAUGCUGUAAUGAAGGGAUACUUGAAAAAUCCUAAAGCAAAUGCUGAGGCUUUUGCAAAUGGCUGGUUUCACUCUGGGGACCUCGGCAUAAAGCAUCCAGAUGGGUAUAUAGAGAUUAAGGACAGAUCGAAGGAUAUUAUAAUAUCUGGAGGCGAAAACAUUAGUAGUGUGGAGAUUGAAAAUUCACUAUAUUUACACCCUGUGGUUUUAGAGGCAUCAGUGGUGGCAAGGCCAGAUGAGCGGUGGGGAGAGUCGCCUUGUGCUUUUGUGACAUUGAAGCCAGGGGUAAACAAAUCCAACGAACAGCGCUUGGCAGAGGACAUAAUGAAGUUCUGUCGUUCUAAGAUGCCUGCUUAUUCGGUUCCAAAAUCAGUAGUGUUUGGACCUCUGCCAAAGACAUCUACUGGGAAGGUACAGAAGCACCUACUGAGGGCCAAGGCAAAGGAGAUGGGUCCUCUCAAAAUGAGUAGGUUAUAAUCAUACAGCGGGUAUGUGACUAAUGGAUUCAAGUCACGAAAACUACCUCUGGAAUCAAUGUUUUAACAAGAGACUCGUGCAUUGAGUUCUCACGCAAUGACUAAUAGAAAGAGGCAUCUUCAUGGUGCCUGUUUAUUGCUGUUUUCUUCUUUUUCCACGCAGGUGUAUGUGAGCCCUUCUGCUGUUGUUAUGUAAAAUGGAUUAAUUUAAAAUUGUGGUACUUAAUAAUAUUGUCCAUCUGUUCAUAUAAUGAAUAUAGUAUGUAUGAUUAGGACAAA